AUCAAUACUAUAAUGGUUUUUUUCGGAGCGCUCCGGCCGGUCUACCGUCGUCCACCGACCACACGCCUUUUCUUCUGGUACUUCAAGCUUCAAGCUUCAUGGCUCCUUAUAACCAUCCAAAGUCUCUCCAGAAGACCAAAUCUCCAUUGUUUUCUGCUACUACCUUCAAACGGUCUCCGCUGCUCUACAGAGGACGCGUUCCAGCCCGUAGAAAUCCUCCCGAAUCCCGAUCCAAACACGUUCUUCCAAUUAUACCGGAAAUCUUUGGCUCUCCUGAUCGCGAUCGCCGCCGCUCUCGUUUAAAUCCAGUAUACCCCUUUGAACAACAAGAAGACGUGGACGAAGUGUUCGACGAAGAAGAACGGCCGACAUUCACUUGGGAGAACGAGAAAACGCUAGUUUCGGAUCUCCUUCAUGACGGCUAUGAACAAGAACACGAAGAUGUCAAGCUCAGCUCUCUGGCAGACUCUAUUCAAGCCGCUUUCUCCGUACACUCAAAAGAACUCCUAGAUGACGUCGCAGACACUCUAGUUCCCGCUGUUAAUCUGGUGAAACACGGCCAUCAAGUCCUAAACGACCAAGUCGACGAUUCUUUCGCUCUAGGAGUACUCGAAUUCGACGAAGCUUGCAAGAAAUUAGAAGCAGUCACUAUCAGUAGUCACAACGAGCUCAAGAAAGCAUAUCGUACUUCUCAGGCGCGAGUUCAAGAUCUGCUCAAGCAAUUGGAAGAAGCCUGUACUCGACGUGACCGUCUUUGGGUGGAUUUUGAAGCAGCCUUGGAUGAUAUUCUUAACCCCGCCACAAAUUCACUCAAGACCCUUCCGAUCCGCAUGGAACGUACUAUCGCUACGCUGGAGAAGCAAAGUAAACAGAUUGGUAAAGACAACGGAAGCAAGGAAAAAUACCUCAAAGGACUACUGAGCAAGUUUACCUGAUAUCUGAAUGUUUGUUUGUGGACACUGGAUCGC